AAAAAAAGCAAACAAUAAUAAAACAAAAUUGCAGACGCUCAGAAAUUGUAAUUGGACGUCUUUGUGGAAACGGUAUUUGUUUCCGUAAUAUUGUCAAGUUUAUUUUCUUCAAUUUACUUAUUCUUUCUAAAUUUUAAUUGUGUUGUAAGAUUGUAUUAAGUUGAAAACCUGAUAGCAAUAUGACCAUGAGAACAUUUGGAGAGAAACCCAUUGCCUUUCAGCUCGAAGAAAAUGGUGAAUUUUAUUACAUUGGAUCUGAGGUUGGAAAUUAUUUACGAAUGUUCAGAGGAUCCCUUUACAAACGAUAUCCGUCUUUGUGGCGACGGUUGGUAACUGUUGACGAAAGGCGAAAAAUUGCCUCACUUGGUCUGUCUACAAGAACUAUGGGAAUUGAUGCCAAAAACAGACUACUUAAGAAAGCUGGAACAAUUAAUCCUGAAGACCCUAACUUACAACCAGAUUUGAAAGGUUUGGGACCUCACAGUCUUGCAACUAAUAUUACUCUUUUAAGAGCAACUGAAGUUGAUGAAAUCUUUGAGGGAAAAGAUGAAAAGUAUCGAGCAGUCUCUAUAAGUACAGAACCACCAAUUUCAAGAGAGUUAAAGGCAAAGAGGAGCUCAUGGAUGCCAACAAUGCCAAACAGUUCUCAUCAUUUAGAUGCAGUACCCUGUUCCACACCAGUGAAUAGAAAUAGAAUAAGCCACAAGAAAGUCCGUACUUUUCCAUUAUUAUAUGAUGAUUUGGAGCCUGCUGUAAUUCAUGAAAAUGCAACACAAACUGAAGUUCUUGUCCCUGUCCGUUUAGACAUGGAAAUUGAAGGCCACAAAUUAAGGGAUACUUUUACAUGGAACAAAAAUGAAUCUCUUAUUACUCCAGAACAGUUUGCAGAAGCUCUUUGUGAUGAUUUGGAUUUACCUCCACUAUCCUUUGUACCUGCCAUUGCCCAGUCAAUAAGACAACAAAUUGAUGCUUUUCCAACAGAUAAUCUGUUAGAUGAACAAGCUGAUCAAAGAGUUAUUCUAAAGUUGAACAUUCAUGUUGGAAACAUAUCAUUGGUUGAUCAGUUUGAAUGGGAUAUGUCAGAAAAGGAAAAUAGUCCCGAGGUGUUUGCAAAUAAGUUGUGUUCAGAGCUUGGUCUUGGUGGUGAGUUCUGCACUGCUAUUGCAUACAGUAUACGUGGGCAACUCUCCUGGCAUCAAAGAACCUAUGCUUUUAGUGAAGCACCAUUGCCAACUGUUGACAUUCCGUAUCGAAAUCAGUCAGAAGCAGAUCAGUGGUGUCCAUUCCUGGAGACACUCACAGAUGCAGAGAUGGAGAAGAAAAUUAGAGACCAGGAUAGAAAUACUAGGAGAAUGAGACGUUUGGCUAACACUGCACCAUCCUGGUAAAAAGCUGUAUAGAGAUUGUUUUAAAUAUUUAUGUAAAGUUGUGGAAAUGUUUGUACUUGUACAAAAGAUGUGAUUGAAUUCAAUAAAUGUUUUCAUUGUGAA